GUGGGAGGCAGGUGGAUCCGGGCAGUGAAGGGUUAGUGGCGGGCGGUGUCCCCUCCCUGUAUUCUCUCUCCAUACGGAAGUGCUGACAAUGAGAGCGGAGCUGGGAGCCCCGGACAUCUGAUCGGAGCAGAGAUGUCUGGAAGGCACACAUGGAGGGACACCCUGCGCUCCUAUUACUGCAUCAAAUUCUCCCUGUCCUUCUACUCCACACUCUUCUCGCUGAUAGGCCUCCUGAUCCUGUGCAUUGGCAUCUAUGCAGAGAGCGAGAGAAGAAAACAUCAGACUUUGGAAGGGAUCUUCCUGGCACCGGCCAUCAUCCUCCUACUUCUGGGCAUCCUGAUGUUUGUGGUGUCAUUUAUCGGAAUGGUCGGGUCCUUAAGGGACAACUUGGCUCUUCUUAAAGCUUUCUUCUGGGUCCUGCUUGUCAUCUUCAUCAUAGAGCUCUUACUGAUUGUCAUUGAACUUGUUUUCGAAAAUCAGCUAAAGAAGUUUGCGCAUGCGAACAUCCUUGUGGGGAUGAAACAUUAUUACGAUGAUUUGGAUUUCAAGAACAUAAUGGAUUUUGUGCAAGAAAAGUUUUCCUGCUGUGGAGGAGAAGAGUUUAGAGACUGGGAGGUGAAUCCAUAUCACUCAUGUAACAGCACUGGACCUUUGUCUUGUGGAGUUCCAUACACCUGCUGCAUAACUGGAAAGGAUUCUGGUGGGGUGAAGAACACAUUGUGUGGAUAUCAGACACUUGAUAAAGAGAGACUGGACGUGGCUCACAUCAUCCAUGUGCGAGGAUGUAUACAUGGAGUGGGACUUUGGUUAAAUGACAACUUCUGGGUAACGUUUGGCUUAGCUAUUGGCCUGCUGGCUCCUCAGGCUCUGGGUCUUUGUCUUUCCUAUCUGUUUUGGAUGAAACUCAAGGACAUCUGUAGUAAUUAUGAUGAGGUGGAUUUCAGAUCUCUGAAAUUGAAAGACUUUAAUUUCAAGGAAUUGGACCUGAGCGGAGCAGGCUGCUGUCUCUGCUUUCCAAGGGAGGAGGGCUACAUUCCCGUCAAUGCAGACAGCGAUGAUGAAAAACUAACUUAGCGCUUAUUCCAGCUUCUGCGCUCUAUGUGAAGCCCGCUGGCAGGCUGUAACCGCAGAUCUGCUCAAUGAUAACCUUUACCAUGGGCUACUAAGCAUAUUGCAAUGGAUUCCUGCCUACAUGAAGGCAAAGCUAAUAUUAGGAAGUUUACAUAAAAUUCCUAGUGCAAUAAAGAACACGGCGAUGGGAUGUUCCCAUACAACAAA